AUUCCCCUCCGACGGCCGGGCCGAAGCGAGCGACGUGCUCUUUCUCCUCUCGCGCCGGUCUACGCCCCACUCGUCGCGCAGCGCAGCGAGUUAAGUCCACCACAUGACACCCCGCGUUUCAGUCUCGCAGCGGCACUCGCGAGCGACGGAUCGCGCGACUGUGGGUUCGUUUUUUUCACAAACGUACGAGAGAGAGAGAGAGAGAUAGAGAGAGUCAGAUCAGAUUGAGAGUUUCGGUGUGAGUCCCGCACUGCACUGCUAUUAGUGAAUCGAUCUCCUCGGUGUAUCAUCACAGCGAGCUGAAAGAGAGAGAGAGAGAGAGAGAGAGAGGAGGGAGUGAGAACAUCGGAAGGGAGGAGGAAGUGCGAGGAAAGAAGCAGAGGACACUGCAACCUUUGAGUUAGUAGCGAAUCACCUUUGAGUUCGAGAGGAGCCGCCGCUCUUAUCUCCGUCUGCGCAAACCAUAGGAGCUCCAGAUAACCCUGUAUCAUUAGCAUCGCCUCUCUGUUUUUUACUUUUAUAAAUAACCGUCCGUGUCUUCUCUAUCCGUGACGUUUUCACGACUCUAUCACACACUCUCUCGACACGCAAACACAGACGCGCGCGCGCGCGUUGAUUAUUCUUUUCUACGACACAACAAACGACGAAGGCAUAGUUCCUGCAGUGAGCUCUCGACCGACGGAGCAGAAGACAGAGCGCGAGUGAGUAGCUAAAAAUCCGCGAGAAAAAUCGCCGCAGUGACAGCGGCCGAGAGAGAAGAAGAGGAGGAAGAAUAAUCCAAUAGCGGGGCACGUCCUUGCGCCGUCAUUGCCUGCAUCGUAACUCUAUGUGCAGGCACUAACAUACCGUCACGUGAGAACCACUGGACUGUCCGGGGGAAAUAAUAAAGUGUGUGUGUGCAGCAGAUCUGCAGUGACUACACUCCCCGACGACGUCUCCCGCUUGGAUAGCAGCUGCUAACGAGCGGCACCGACGAGUUGACACUUGGUGAGCCGCAGAUCUUGACGUUAAUUGCAUUCGUCUCUGCCGCGACUUUAUGACACUAAUCCCUCAGCCAUUCAACGCCGACCCGGUAGCCGAGAGCUGGGAAGAGGGCUGCCCAAGGAGAAGCGCCCCCCACGACGGCCGAACGCGCCGUCCACGUCGCCCGCAGCCGAGAAGCGAAUCGCUCGUAGCGAUCCCCACCAGCCCGAAAAUUCUCCUCUCCAAGCCCAAGAUGCACAUAGAGGUGCAGCUGGCGCUGAACUUUGUCAUAUCCUACCUGUAUAACAAGCUGCCGAGGCGGCGGGUCAACAUCUUCGGCGAGGAGCUCGAGAAGGCCCUGAAGGACAAGUUCAAGGGCCACUGGUACCCGGAGAAGCCGUUCAAGGGCUCGGCUUUCCGAUGCCUCAAGACCGGCGACCCGAUCGACCCGGUCCUCGAGCGCGCGGCCAAGGAGUCCGGCGUGCCCAUCCAGGACAUCCUCGAGAACCUGCCCGCCGAGCUAGCCGUCUGGGUUGAUCCGGGCGAGGUGAGCUACCGCAUCGGCGAGACCAGCCCGGUCAAGAUCCUCUACUCCGAGAGCGCCGACCCGCACGACGAGUCCUCGGCCGACCGCGAGGUCACCAAGACCUUUAACCCCGAGGCCCAGUGCUUCCGGCCCAUCGAGUCCGUCGGCAGCUCGCUCAGCGGGCUCAGCCUCAGCCCCAAGUCGACCUCGCCCUUCCCCAGCUCCAUGGCCAGCAGCGCGAGCAACGGCUCCGGCGCCCCGGCCCAGUCGGCCUCCGCCGCCCAGGCAGCCGGGGCCGCCCAGGCUUGCCCCCCGGGCCAGCAGAACGGCCACGGCUCCGGCUCCUCCUCGGCGCCCUCGCCCACGCCGAUCAGCAGCUCCUUCAAGGGCUCGCCCAGUCCCGUGCCGGCCUUCAUCCCCAGGACCCAGGCUCCGCUCACCUUCACCACCGCCACCUUCGCCCAGACCAAGUUCGGCAGCACCAAGCUCAAGACCUCCAGCAAGCGGGCUAACAGAUCUAGGAUGUCGCCCACCGAGUUCUCCAACUACAUAAAGCAGCGCGUCAUGCAGCAGCAGAUCCACCACCAUCACCACCAGCAGCAGCACCAGCAGCAGCAGCAGCCGCCGCACCAGCAGCCGGGCGGCCAGGGCCCGCAGACCCCGGGCGGCCUGCCCGUCUCCCAGAGCUCGCCCAACAGCCGCAGCCUCUCGCCCGGCCUCGCCGCCGUCAACGGCCACCAGUCGCACGCGGCCGCCGUGGCCGCCGCAGCAGCCGCCGCCGCCGCCAGCGACCCCAGCGCCUACUUCUACCAGGCGCCGCCGCCCCCGGUCUACCACCCGCAGUUCCCGCACCGCAACAUCUUCGACUCGAACGACAGCCCGCACAACGGCUACCUCGCGGCGGCCGCCGCCUGCGCCGCGGCCUCCGCCAGCGACCUCCUCGGCCAGGGCGCCAAGUUCCCCUACAUGGACCCCCGCCAGUGGAGCACUUACGGCGGCAUGCCCGCGACUGCCGGUGGCGCCACCUCGCAGAGCGCCGCCAGCGCCGGAUUGGGCCCGAUCGGCUCCGCCGCCAGCGCCACCGCCGCGGCCCCGACCGGCUCCAGCGCCACCUCCCAGCAGCAGCAGCAGCAGGCAGCCGACAAGUCCGCCCUCGUCGACGGCCUCAACAACUUCGGGCUGGGCUCGGUGACGCCCUAUCCCGCCAGCAACUACCAGCACCUGCUUGUCGCCAAUUAAUACAGUGCGCCACCCAUCGCCGGCUGCAGCAGGCCCUCGUCCGUCGCCUGAUGACGAUAGCGGCGCACACCGGCGCACCCGAGCAGCGCGCACGCACACACCCGCACGCCCUCCCCGCGGCGAGUCCUCGCGAUCUAGGGGCGAGACUUCUUGUCGUCGGAAUAACCAGUCUUUGUCGUCGUUAUGUACGAAUCCUCGUAGACUACGUGCGAUUACUACUACUAUAACUACUACUAUAACUACUACUACUACUACUACUACUACUACUACUAUUACUACUACUACUACUACCUCUGGAUUUAAUGGAGGCGGCUUAUACGAUACCCCACACCCCAGCCCUGCAACGUCCCGCUACGUGUAAUGUAUAGAGAGACAACCAAGGUGUUUGUGUGCGUGUGUGUGUGCGCGUGCGAGGAGCAUCGCUGACGAUCGACCCACACACUGCUCAUCGAGGCUCUGCUGCGACGACUCCGAAGACGGCGUCAACUUGUGUAAUCUACAUUGCUAUGAUAGGCGAAACCGAGCGUUCUCGAACUCCCGGCCAGUGCUGCGUUACCGAACUUUUUUAUUUUACUACAUACCGUUUAGUUCGCUUGACUAAUCUCGCGCAAUUGUGAUUUACGUUGUAUAAUGUAUAUGAUAUAUAUAUAAUAUCGGAGUGGAAUCUGAGUCUCGGGGCCGAGGCGCGAGGUGCGCUCGCGAGGACGGCGACUCUGGCGAACGCGUCCACGAGCGCGUUCUCGCGACGAAAUGAUAUAGUGUAACACCUCCGAGCCGGCCCCGCACCGCGAGCGCUGCCUUCGGACGAAUGAUUCUUUUGAGUCGCACUUUAGUUCCUCUGUAGAGUGUAUUUACCGCAAGUCUCUCGCCCUCUCUCACUGGAGAAGGUCCCUUUCAUAAAAUCUCACCUAUGAGAGGCCCAUCGGGGAGAGGGGGAGAGCACGUACGAAAAUCUCUUCUUUUUGCAGCUUUCACUCCUGGCGCAUAUGUAUAUUAGAUAACGAGAGUAACGAGCACUCGGUAUGCGCAUAACUCGAGAACGGCCGGUCGAUCCAAAAGAGAUCGAGCGAAUAUACGAUGAUGCAUAAAACGAAACGACGGAGAGGAAGCUGCUAUGUACGACAUAGCAGAGAACCGCCGCGAGUCACGUAUAUAUAUACAUUACAAUACCGAGCAUAGAGGUGUGAUAGAGAAAGAGCGUGCUCGUUUUUUCGGGACACGCGCGAGCGAGAGCAGAAAGAGAAUAUAACGUAGGGAAAGAAAGCGAUCGAAAGAAAGGAAACGAGAAAAACCGAGGCGAGAAACGAAAAAAAUUAUAUAUACUUAGAGACACGUGGCAGGUACUACCACGAGCGCAGAGCGCCCGAAUAUUGCGAACGAACCCCCGGUUAUUCGCGCUAAGCAGGCCGUAUUGUAUACGCAGCGAGCGCAGAGGAACAAAAACGAGGAAAAACGACGGCAAUCUCCACUCUCUCUCUCUCUCUCUCUCUCUCUUUCUCUCACUCUUUCUCUCCGUCUCUUCUGCGUAUGUGUGCGCGCGGGCUGUUUACGGCCCGGCAUAGAGAACAAACAGGACCGACGCACUGCAGGACAGAGACGCACGUAUAUUAUACACACACACGCUUGGAAAAUUGGACGGAAAAAACGGGAGACGAUGUGGCAGAAGAGACGGCGGAGCGAGAGAGAGAGAGAGAGAGAGAGAGAGAGAGAGAGAAAGAGGAGGAUCGAUAGUCGGACUGUGCCGCUGCUGCUCAAGUGAUAUAUAAGAUGAAAACGAGUCGAGGUGUAAUAAUUUAUUUUUUCACUGAAUAAUAGUUCGGAGAGUGGAAUAAACGGGAAUAUAAUAUCUUGUAGAGCCUAUGAAUAUUAUAAUUGCGCGAGUCGACGUCGACGUCGCGUCCCGUCGCCCCGACACUCGCGCAACUUCAAAAAGCCAAGUGCGUACAAGUCGUCGGGCCGCGACGUCGUCCUCGAAAUACGAGACUCGCCGUUCAGUAACGAUCUUAACGUUUUAUUUUUAUAAGCGAUAAACGCAGUAGACGGAUAUUAGGGAGAGCGAGAGAAGAGGAAGGAACGUGUUCGUUAGCGACGUAAGUGGCGCUGCUGUACCUUUGUCCGCGACCCCCGAGAUCGAUUUUCGAGAUCGAUCCCAUACACAUUAUAUCACGGUCCCCCCGAACCUGCCGUCCUUCCAUCGCUUAUCUGCUAGUAGUCCCUUUUUCAUUUCGUUGGUUUGUCCCCGAGAUUCUUGCCACGAGAUCCGAGCCACGGGAGAAUUGCGAGAGAGAGAGAGAGAGAUUUACAAAGCAACAAACAGAGUCGAAAAUCAAAAGGCGAGAACGUUCGAGCAGAGCGCGGAGCAGAGUUAUACCGUAAGAAUAUAUCGAGUCUAGAAAUAUCCAAAAGCGCGGAAUUUGGAUGCACGCCUGCGAGACUGGCCGGUCGUCAAGAUCGUCGAGAGAAUUUCCGCUUGUACCAAGGAACAAAUCCGAUAAUAAUAUCUAUAACGUAUACGAGAAAAAGAAUCGCGGCGCGGCCGGCAACAAUUUAUCAUCGCGCCCUUGAAAGCAAGAAAAAGCCGUCGAUACAUGACAGAAGCCGAGUCGAUUCAGCGCUGGCGCUCUAACGGCGUUAGAUAAUCGCGGCGUUACGUCGGCAGCUCUCCGCGACGAGCAUAGCGGAGAGAACAGAAGAAGAAAGUCCGCGCCAGGGACGUCGCGCCGUGUGUGUGUCACGUUGGAAUACCAGUCGUUGGCGCAGCUUCAAGGACGUCGUCGCGCCGGCGACAUUCAUUCGUGGCCGACUCUCAUAACGCUUGCAAAAUCCGCAUACUCUGCUACUGCUCCGCGCUUUAAAAUAGGUAUAGCGAAAAAUGACUUUCGGGGGUAUGGGGGGUGUGCGUGUAGCGCGCACGCGCUCGCACCGCGAGGUCGAUUCGUUCUUUGCGCUCGACGCCGCGUCGCUGUAGCUCUGCACUCGCGCUUUUGUAUAUAAUAAUAUAUGUGGCUGUGUGUGUGUGUUUUUUUUGUAAAGUUACGAUACAACGUGGUGGUAUACUUGGAGGAAAAAAAUUUUUUUACUUUUCUUUUGUACGGAAAUUUUGAUUUAUAUUUCGCGAGAAGUGUUUAUAAUAGAUGUACCUUUGUUAUAUGCGGAUAUGAUACAUACUUUUAGAGUAUAUGUACGUUAAUGUAUUUAUGUAAUCUUCUUCAGUUUCUCUCGCGUUAAAAUUAAUUAUUCUUUAAUAACAAGCGCGUCGCGUCGUUUUUCUUUUUUAUAUAUUUAAUGCUAAGGAGAAUAUUAUAUCUAUUUUUUAUACUUUUUAUAUAUUUUUUUAAGGGCAUUUUUAUACUUUUAAAAACUAACACAUCAUCUAGUCGUGCGUCGAGUAAUUGUUGUAACGAAAAAUAAUGAUGCAAAAGCUGAACACGGAAAAAUUGAACACACACACGCGCGCGCGCGACUCGGCUGUAAUACUCGCGUGCGUAAAUAAGUCGUGUAUAGUAAGAUUUGGAUAUAAAAAAAAAGAGUAUAUAAGAGGCAGAGCGACAGCGUCGCCGUCCCGUCGCGGGGGAAAAUCGACUCUUUCGCGUAUAGAAGAACGAAGGCGAGCGAACGAUGUGUACAAGGAAAAUUACUAGGGAGCGAUUGCAACGGAAAUAUAUGAUAAAAUUACGACAGCAAGCCGUACCCUUCUAGUUUAAUAUUCUCGUAAACUUGAAUAAAGAAACUUGUAAACUAAUAAACGAUACGUACGACUGUGGUAGCUAUGCUAGUACCUGCUAUUAUUAAAAAAAAAACAAAAUAAAACACAAAAAAGAGUGGAAGGGUUACACACAAAGACGACACGUACGAUCAAGCAGACCACAUCGCCGGCUGCACGGGUUCCCGCGCGCGCUCGAGAGAGAUAGAGAGAGAGAGCUCUAGCGCUUAAAAUACUGUCGAACGUGCCAAGGCUCGUACUACGCGUGUGUUGGCCAAUUCUGGCUCGGAGUUGACCUAUAAUGCGAGGGCAGUAUCGAUCUUCAAAAAUAAAAGGAGCGACGGAAAAGUGCAGAGUCCGCUCGCUCGGCUCGAGGCUCGUCGGCUUUUUCCCAUCUCGAAGUAGCCUUUUCUUUUUUUUCGCCUGAAAUUGAUGAACACACGACGCUCAUGAAAUUCAAAGGCAUUGUAAUUCCAACUGGCUUGAGGAAAAAGCGCGACGCCGCGAGUCGAACGAGGAAACUUGCCGGAGGAAAGCGAACAACAGCCGCGCGGUGACGGAAAAUCGAGAGGCAUUUUUGCAAUACAUAAUCGCGAAUCAAACGAAUCUCGGCUCGAGAAACCUGUACAUCCCGUUGAAUAUUACACACACCGCGUACACAGUAGACGUCUACGGCUCAGCAAAAAAUCAAACGCAAUGUAUACUCCUCAAUAAAGAAACGAGAAUAUAAACCGACGUGUAAUAUGUGUAACAAUGGAAUAGCAUAAAAAAAGACGAAGCGCUUAAAAAGGGAACCGGACACCUUGCGUUAUAUACACGUAGUCUAAUCGAGGUGCUGAACACGGUGACGAUAUUGAACUACAUAAUAUAAUGGUAACUUAAACAAAAAAAAGUGGUCGUUAGUGAUACAUAAAAAAAGUAAAAAUAAUAAACUGCGUCGCGGCGGUAAAUCACACAGAACCUAUAGUAUUAUAUGUUUACGAUAAUAACGGAGUAGGCAUUAUAUACCAUUGUAAAUUUUCACGUCCUAAUACUGAGUGUAUUCAUUGGAAAAAAAAUAAUGAUAAUGAGGAUGAAAAGAGCGGGAUUCGUUACAGUAUAUAAUGAGAAUUAACCAAAAAAAAAACUGCAUGCACUUAAAUGAAAAAAAAAAUUAUAAUAAUGAUAACGAUAAUGAUAAUUACAGAUGCGAGCUAUACACCUUGUAUACGUGCAUAAAACACAGACACGCGACACACUUUUCAUGCGCAAUAUAAUAUAAACUCUCUCGUACACACAGAACAGAGACGAUGCUGAUAAUCUGUUUUUUUUUUUCAAAUUUCAAGUGUCUAAUAACUAUAGCGAUCGAUAUUGUCUACGUACAUAAGGCGAAUAAGAAUAAAACAAAAAACUUUUGACGCAGAAAAUAUAAGAAGGGCGGCGCGCAGUGUGGUACACGUAAUACGGUAUAAUCUAUAAUGGAAAUACAAAAAAAAAUAAUAAUAAUAGUCAUAAUUGAACAUAAUUGCAUAUAACGCUAUAUUCUUAUACUUAGUCAAAAGAAAAAAAGAUUUUACAGUCAGCGAGUGUGUAAGUCGAUUUCGCGAGCUAAAAUAUUCACAAACAUACAGACACACAUUCGCACACAUGCACACGAUGAACUUUCGUUGCGCCGCGCGCGCGAGUAUGGGAGUAAGCAGGAAGGAAACUAACUACGGGGAAAAAGGGCGAUUUUCGAGGGAAAACAUUUGUUUUCGAUUUCGUUCUCUCGAACGGAAUCGAACGGUGGGAGGACAGCUGCACACUGACACUAAGGCACACAAAACAAUACACUGCGGAUGAGUACGAGUACACCGAGACAAAAAUAAAUUGAUUAAUCAAUUAUUGAAGAAAGCAAAAGGAAAAAAAAAUUUAAACAAAACUAUCGAUUAUUCUAUAUACAUAUAAUAUACCGCGCGACGGUUUAUAAAAGAAUACACAGAUGCGAUAAGAGGAUGAUAUAAUUAGAUUUGUAUUUGACUAUGAUAACAUAUAUUUUUCAAUACUUUAACUACUUGCUGUAUGUAAACUAUAAAUAUAUAUUAUGUAUACAGAGAGGAAGCAAAAAUUAUUGCACGGUGCUAUAGCAUCCCUCGCGCGAUACGAGUAAAUAUGAGCAAGGAAAAUUCGUAUAUAUAAUAAUACAGAGCGACGCGAUCGGGGCUCUGCGCUGCGGCCGAGAGUAAUCCUCUAUAUAUGUAUACAUCACACACACACACACAUAGGGAGGGUCGACUAAACUCGAAAAGAGAGAACUUGGGAAUCGGUGGCACUUCCGGGUAGCCACCUACACAUGCGUGUGCGCAUGUGUGUGUGUGUGUGCGUGUGUGUAUGUGUGCAAACCGCCCGGCGAGCAGCAAAGUGACCACAGCCCGAAGCGCGCCCGCGAGAAAUAUAUACUUUUUGUACCCCUUGAAUCCAAGAGCAGCUCAUUAAUCGAGCGCACGUUAUACAUAUAUAUAUAUAUAUAUAUAUACAGGAUAUACGCGAAGCGGAGCGCGCGCGCUUGAGCCAACCCUUUUACUCUCUCCCUCAGACUGGCCUUUUCCCCUACACACACACAUAUAUAUAUAUACACAUACGUGUAGACAUGUAAACGUGUAACAUCCCCCUUUUCCACUUUGAGCCCGCAAUCUUCCACCGAAAGAAUCAAGGUAACCAACCCUCGUCUUUGUAUUACACGCUAAAUUGUACACGAACAGAGAGAUGUACACACACACACACAUUUACACAACAGCAGAAUUAUAUUUAGUGCGAGAGUUAUAACGUUAUGUUACAUGAAUUAGAAAGGAGCGCGCGAGUGAGAGUGCGAGAGGCGACACUUUUGUCUAUAUAUACUUUUUUUAUCCUGAAUGUUUUCUAUAUAUGUGUAUCAAUGCGCGCGCGCAUAUACCUAUUCGUAGCGAGCGGCAAAAACACGUGGCAAAAAGAGAGCUGUGCAACGUCUUUCUCUCCUUGUUUUGCAUGCUUUUUAUAGUAUUGCAUAUAUAAUGGUUUUUUAUUAUUCGUUUUUCGUUUCUCGGUCCUCUUCAAUACGAGAGCAUGAUGACACUUGCUGUUGUUAUAUUAUAUACUGCAUCGAGCGAUUUUUCUCGUUUGUUUCUUUUUAUCGCCUGUUAUUGUUAUUACUAUAUUUUUCCUGAGUUUGUCAUUGGUUUUUAAUUGUUUUCUUUUUUAUUUUUUAUUAUCUACUUUACUAUUAUCAAACGACGAUUCUCACACACGAAGCAAGAGCAAAAGAUUGACCGUGUCCGAGACGGUUUAGUCAAACGAUUCGACGCGAGCGACGCAAGAGUCACGAGCCUACUGUCUUUUUUUUUUACUUAUUAAGUUUUCUUUUUUCACCUUUACUAUACUACUACCACCUUAUAACAUAUGGAUGACGCGUCAUGUGUUACAUGAACGUUUACUAUCGUUACAAAUACUAGCACUUGUAAUUGUGGAUACCUGUGUUUUGUUUCAUUUUUAUUUUUACUACUUUACACACACAUAUAUUUUUUGUCCUCUAAUGAUUUUUUAAUCGUGAUGUAAUUUCGUUGGCUUUUUUUAGAUUUUUGUUCCUUUAUUUUUGUAUAUGCGACGAUAAAUGAGAAAGCAAAACAAAUAAUAUACGGCGAUGCGAAGCGCGUUAUUAUCGUACCGUUACCUAUUAAUUAUUACUUUUAUUAUAAAUAUAUAUUAAUGAUACAUAUAUAUAUAUACUGCUGUACACUACUACAGAGUUGUUCUUAUACAUAUAUACAUAAACAUAUAUAUAUAUGUAUAUUAUUAUACUACAUCGUGUAUACCAAGAUCAGCGUUAGUCCUAAGAAUUUUUUCAUAGUUUGUUAUUGUUGUUUUGUAUGAUACUUGAAUUAUAUAAAUAUAUAUAUAUAUAAUAUAAAUAUAUACAUAUUAUACAUACUAUACAUAACUGUAUAAGAGAGAUCGUCGCAUGUGUCAUAAAAGUGCGGGAGGACGAGCUGCUAGCACCUUUGUACUUUUAUACGCACGCAUGAGCGUUAACACACGCAUAUACAUAUAAUAUAUAUAAUAUAUUUUUGUUAAUAAUAAUAUAGUGAUUUGAUAUAUAACUGCACUAGAGAGUUGAUUUUAUUACUGAGUUUUAUUACUGAUUUCUCUCAAAUUUUUUUUUCUGUCUAUAUAUUUUAUGUAUGUACGUCCUCUACGUUUUAUAUAGUUUUCUUGUCUCUCUCUCACACACGACUAAAAGUAAACAGAGUUAUUAUAACGAAUAAUCACGCUGACACGCAAACCGAAAAAAUCAACAAUAUAUAUAUUACAAUACAGAAUAGAUAUAUCUAUCUAUUAUAUACGAAAAAAAACAAACAAGAAACGAGUCAAAAGCAGACACGCAUGCAAAACAAAAAUUUAAAACAGCUUGUACGGAACAGAGGAAUAUCAUAACGAAAAGCGUAUGUAUUUUCAUUUGUACAUGUAACGCGCAUAUGUGUAUGGCAUACAUAUAUAUCAGUGGAAUUCUGUAUCUAUAUGGUACACGUAUAUAUCUCUGCGUAAACAAUAUCGAUGUAAACGCGAGCGUGCACGGAUCGAUGCGCUUUAAAAGGCUCCGAAGUACACAGCAAAAGUCGAGGCGAUUCUUUCUCUCUGCCCAUCGCGCGGACUUGCAUAUACAUGCCAAAAACAGAUCGCACCUUGUUUAUCUUCAGCAUCAACAUAUAACUUUUGUAUAAAUAACCCGAACGAUGAAUUUUAUAUCGUAUAUCGAAUACGAAAAGUAUAUAUUUUUCAUCUUUUCUAUCGCAGAGUUGUAAACCAAAGACAAAAAAAAGUGAAUAAUUUUUUUACAAAGUGAGUAGUGUUCCGGCAGAGAGAUCGCGUUCCUCGAAAUCCCAAACUGUACUCGAAGUGCAUCGGUCUGCAUACGCCGCGUACGUAUUAUGUGCAUGGCAUCGUUUUUCAUUUUCCAGCAAAGCGAGAGAGAGAGAGAGAGAGAGAAAGAGCAAGCGAAAUAGUAAGCUCCGACAAAAAGAGAGGCGACGUAUUAGCGCGAGCGCUUUCCGCUUAAUAUAUAUAAAUAUGAGUAUAUAUGUAUAUGAUAUAUGAUAUAUAGUGGCGGGAGGCGCCGUAAUUGUGGCGCGUGCGCACCGCCGCACCCGAGCGCGAAAUGUUUCUUGAAAAAAAAAUUAAUAAUAAUAAUAAAACUAAAAGUAAAUUUAUCGAACUACGCGGAUCACCUAGGCUCUGACCGUCUGUAACGAUAAUAUUAUAAUAAUUACAUAUAUAAUAUUAUAUAUUUAAAGAGUUAAGGAGUAAUAACGACAUACACCACACAUAAUCUACGACUCGCGUUGUAACAUACUUAUAUAAUUUUGUAAAUUAUUUUUUGUAUUUUUAUAUCGAGAAAAAGAACACAUUAAUGGAAUACAUUAUAAACACACACGGAAGUUAUUAUAUUAGCGAGUGUGAAAUAUAUAUAUGAAACACGAGAUGAAAAAGAAAUGAAUAAAGAUUAAAAAGUUAUUGAAAAAAAAAACAAAAAAAAUGGCAUUGUGAAAGAAAUUAAUACAUACAUACACACACGAUAAUAUAUCCGACGAUAAAAUGACGAUGUUGCGCCGCAAGUGCGACAACACGAGACAUCACACUCUGUGGCUAUUAUCCGAGUUCUAUACAUGAAACGAUACACAUAUGUACGUUUAUCCGUACGUCUGUCGCGUGGUCGUCAUCGAAAGACACGAAAAAAGUGACCAACGGAGAGCCAGCUGACGAUGCGUGAGCAUAAACGAGAUGUAUAAAGAGAUCACGAGCGAAAGAGGCGACACGGGAUGGAGAGUCACGAUUCAUUUUUUUCGUUUAUUUCUCGAAGCUCAUAACUUGUAUUACCGAUCGCUAACAAAGAGUUUGAACAGAGACAAAACAAAAAGAGAUACCACAGAAAAGUAAAGGCACGACGAUAACGCUGCUGAAGUAUAAUAAUUGUGCAGAGGAGUGGAGAACAACAGGCCAAAAAUUAGAGAAAACUCGACGAGAACAAAAAAGCAGUAAUAAAUAAUAAUUAAACGUCAAAGGCUCAUUCGAACGACGCCCCGCCAUCCUCUGGCUAUUUUUCGGUGCAUUAUAAGCUCUCACCUUACAAAAAAACACACUUAGAGAAAACUCGAGCACCGAAUGGUAGAAAGGAGGGUGGCGCCGGCAGCCGCUUCCUGGAUCGACGCUGAGAUUCGCACGAAAAAAUUCUAUACCCUUAUUCGAGACAACUAUGAGCAAAGCAAAACGAUAACGAUCCUUUUUUGAUACACGAGAAAAUAAAAACGAUUUUUAUAUUCUACAUCGUAUACGCCCGCGACACGAUGAUCCAGGAAGUCGUCGGUGAGGUCGAGAGCAGGGCGCCUGGUAUUAGUACACACUAGUUUUUCAAUUGGCGGCGCCCAAUUAGUUGUUGGAAUUUUCGUAGCCUAGGCAAUACCUCCCGCGUUAGUUUUGUGAUUGUUGUCGUUCCUCUCUCACGUUUAUAAAAGAUAACAAAAUGAAAAAAAUACAAAAUAAAGCUAAACAAAUAGUGGCGAGAGAGAAAGACGCGCGCGCGCGUUAUUCGCAGCAGUUUUACUCGGUUCUCUCCGCAUGAUAUUACUUGUAUAACGUAUAUUACAUAUUACGAGCGCGCAAAGCCUCGAUCAUGUGUAUCUUUAGGCCUGACCACUCGCGCGAGCGCGCUAUAACUCUUUGUAUAGUAUUUUUCUAUGUAACCGACCGCAUCGAGAUCCGUAUGUACAUUUGAUUACGUAUCGCAACGUUCGAGCAUUAUUUCGGAUCCUGGUUUUUCAUAUUCCUAUUUAUACAUAUAUAUACCUACUAUAUAAUCGUGUUGAUCGAUGUUUACGUAAUCCGUUCGUUAGUUUCACGUGCUUGUUUAUUACACGACUUUGUGUUAGCAUUAUCGAAGCAAAUUGGCUAUGUAAUGUAACUUCGAUUUUCAUUGGCGGAUGUGUGACGGACGAGAUAUUCCACGAAUCGAAUGGCGAAUAAUGCUAGCAAAAGUAAAGUAUAAACAAGAGGGGUAUAAAUGCUCGUUCAGUGCAGAGAGCAUCAAUUAUGAAAAACAAAUAAUAACGCGUGAUCAUAGUACAAAUUGGAACAACGUAAGUUGGGCUUAAAAGUAUAAACCUUAUUGUAACCGAGUCAAAAAGAAAAGAAUAACUAUAUAUUAUAACCGACGAAUGAAACUUUGUAAUCCACACAUACUCGCACACAGCCCAUCUCUAUUUUCUUACAAAAAAUCGCGAACAAAAGGGAAAGAUACACAAAAUCGCGCGAGUGGUCAGGCCCGAGGUUCGGCGGGACGCGACACGCUCUUCUCGAUUCGGUGUUGGUAGCAAUGAUUUUUCAAACGUCGUUUUUUCUAAUAGCGAGAAAACAGAGUAUACAAACAAAUCGAUAAGUGCAGAAGAGAAAGGCAAAAACCAAAGACGAGCAAACAACGGCGAACAGCAAACAAAAAAAAGACGUGCAUCAGAGAGAGAGAGAGAGAGAGAGAGAGAGAGAGAGAGAGAGAGAGGAGCGUCGCCCCUACACGUCGUCCACGCGCGACCGCGUAUUGAACGCAAACACACUCUGUAUACACACUGUAGAAGAAGAGCGCAUGAAAACAGUAUUCAAGCUUCCCGCUGCGGCGGCGGGACGAACGUUUUUUUAUAUACGCGUACGAUAAAUUUAAGCGCGACUCUUAUCCAAAGUCCGCGUGGUGUCGGGUCGCGCGCCGACGGGGCCGACGCUCUCCUCGAGUUUAUAAAAUAUAUAAUUACGAUAUGAGCGAGUACAUAAGAGUGCGAGGGAUGAAUUCGAGAGAGCAAGUGAGAGACGAGGCGAAUGACGACGAUGAUCGAGAGCGAGAGAGAGAGAGAGAGAGAGAGAGAGAGAGAGAGACGUACG